AGAUAUUUUGUUCCUCACGACCCUUUUGUGUACGCGUGUGUAUAAAUCGUCUGCUGAGCAAUUGUAAGCAGAAAACAGCAGCCACGUCAUCCCAUGGAAGCCAUUCGAGUGAUCUCCGCAACUACAGUUCAAGCUCGAGGCCAUGUUAAUAAUGGCGACUCACCACAGCUAAUCGACCUGAAUCCAUGGGAUCUUCAGUAUCUAAUGCUUGAGCAUGCUCAAAAGGGACUUCUUUAUCCUAAACCCACCUCAUCAUCACCGUUCGAACGCGAAGAGACACUGAUCCAGCACUUGAAGGAUUCCCUUUCUUCGGCCCUCGACUUCUACCCACCCCUCGCCGGCCGUCUUGCCAUCAUACCCAACGAUGACGACGACGACACCUCCUCCGUCUUCAUCACUUGCAACAAUGCCGGAGUAAGCUUCAUUCAUGCCAUUGCAGAGAAUACUACAGUUGCAGAUAUUGUUGGGCCUACUUAUGUUCCUCAGGUUCUCUACUCCUUUUUUCCAACCGGAAAUUUGAAGAAUUUUGAAGGAACUCAGUUCCCAUUAAUGGUGGUUCAAGUCACGGAGCUAGUGGAUGGCAUCUUCGUUGCUGCCUCGACAAACCAUUGUCUUGCUGAUGUGAAGCCAGGUUGGGAUUUCUGGAAUGCAUGGGCAGGAUUCUCCAAAAACGGUUUGAAUCAUAUAGGGUUGGAUUCAAAGCUCGCCACAUUCGAUCGAUGGUUUCCUCAUGGUCAUAUUAAACGGCCCUUGCGAAUUCCAUUUAAAGAAAUGAUGGAAAAUUAUCAUAAGGCGUCCACUGAUUUGGUUCAACCACCUCCAUUCUCUAGGAGGAUCUUUCACUUUAAGAGGGAGAAAAUUGCUGAACUCAAAGCAAAAGCCAACUCAGAAGUAGAGGAAGGAGUCAUCAGCAACAAAAUCUCAUCCUUGCAAGCUGUUCUUGGACAUGUUUGGAGGUCUGCAAUCAGAAAUCAGAAUCUUGAUCCAGAAGAGGAAGUCUCUUACAGAUUCCUCAUAUCUGCUAGAUCCAGAGUUUCUCACCCGCCAAUUCCAGAUGAUUAUUUUGGAAUCACCGUGCAAUUCACUACUGUGACGAUGAAAGUAAGGGACUUGGUGGGAGAUGGAGGCCUUGGAAAGUUUGCUUCAGAGAUGAACAAGGCAAUCUCGUCAUGCACAGAAGAGAAGAUCAAGAGUGACUUUGAAGCCUGGGUACGAAAUCCAACAAUGCGUACGCAGCGUGCCCCAAUAAUUGGGAAGUUUAUGGCUACCAGCAGUUCCCCGAGAACCAACUUUUAUGAGAUCGAUUUCGGGUGGGGAAAGCCGGUGGCCGUUCGCCUCGGCCCUGCCAAUACAAAGUGUUGGAAGUUAGCGGCAGAUGCCGGAGCCGAAGAAGGAAGUUUCGACUUUGAGAUGUGUGCUUCCUAUGAGAUACUGGAAGCCAUGGGGAAGGACCCUGAGUUCAUGCAUAUGGUGUCGCUGCCACCUCCACCAUCCAUGGCGGUUAUCCAAUGAGCAAGCAUAGACUUGGACUGUGAUCGAAGGAGACUCCGUCGUAAUGCUUUUUGUGUGUCCUUUUCAUGGUUUUGUUCAGUGAGUGCUUUGAACAUAUUACGUUGUUUGCCUUAUUGGACUGUAGUUUUUGAAUGUGUUAUAAGUAUGUGUGUUUGUAUUGUCUUUUAAUUAUAAAAUUUUUGUUUGAUUGUGAAUGAAUGUUUCCA